CACAAUGACAUAAACGGGAAUGCAGUUGAUGAGAGAGCCCUUGAUUUCUUUCUUCGUCGCCAGAACAGAGAUAGAUAGGGAGGCGCCAGGGCGCUGCGCGAGAAUUUUCCAGCGCCAGGGAAUUUUCCAGCGCCCCGGAUAGAAUGUCACUGGCGCCGUGACGGCAUGGAAUCCUGGAAGAAGACGCAGCGGCGGUGGCAGCGGCAGCGGCAUCGGCAUCGGCAGCACGGGAUCCAGCUCCUCGAGCUCGUCACGGCGAGCGGCAGCGCUUGUGAAUCCGUGGCCGGGCGACAAAGAUCGGGCAUUUCUUGCUGCGUGGACGGAUUUCUUCCCACCAGGUGCGUGAGAAUGCUGGAAAUGUGAGCCCCGGGGGCGCGGCCUGGGGAUUUUCUCGAGCUCUGGCGCUGCGAUCGGGGGGAUUUUCUGGCAUUUGAGCUGCGGGAAAAUCGUUUCUAGGUUUUUUUCUAGGGCAGGAGGGUCGGGAGUUCUUGGUAGAACAGAUGCAUGGCGGUUCGAGGAAGGAUUCUAGCACCGGGGAGUGAGUAGAGCAGUGCUUUCAAGAUGCCGCUACUGAGGCAGGAAGUUUUCUUGCUGGCUGAGACGCCAGAGGAUUUGUCGCCCGACGAGAUGGUGUUCCAGGUCCGGUUCACGAAGGAGAUUUUUCGGGACUAUGACGAGUAUGUGAGACGCAUGAAUCUCUAUCGGCAAAAGAUAUGGACGUGCAAAGCUACUCGUCGGGAAGGUCUCACUUACGAGAAGGCAUUGGUUUCGGAGUGUCGAGCAGCUCAAAAGGCCGAGUUUCCGAAAGAUUUCAUGGGACCAGUUCUACACCUGGUCCAAUUUAGUGAGCUUGAGAUCGAUGAGCUCGUUGACCACGUUUUUACGACUCUCAGCGAUAGAUUUGUUCCUGGGGAGGAAAUCCCAAGCAUUGCCGACGAUGCGAGACGGAAGUGCAGGAUACUUGACGUCUCUGAACAAGAUGGAGAGAAUGGUACAAAGGCUUUAAAGUACGAAGUCGGCUGGCUCGAUGGAGAAGGGCAGAUUACCGAGAAGGCUGUGGAGGAUCCUAUCAACUUGAUGAAGAGAAAGCUACCGUUUACAAAAGAAGCGUUGAAGAAGUUUAUUCAGGAGUCAGCUUAUGGAGAAGUAACGCUGGACAUGCCUUGGUUGGUGCGGGACAAGCUCGCUAGGAAGUUCAAAAUACCUUUUGAUCCACCGAAAGAGGAGAAGCAGUUGCACACUAGACUCGAUCCGACUCAAAGACAAGUCAACCAAUCUUACUUUGACGAAAGUUUGCAAGAUGCCGAUGUUGAGUAUACAGCUCGAAAGCGCAGCAAGAAAUACAGGGAUUGCGGAUCGAGUGGUAGAUCAAAGAAAAAGUACGAUGGCUAUUCGUCACCCUCCGAAGAUCUCAUGGAUGAUAAUCUCCUUGAGCCAAACCCGGAUGAUCCUCCGUUACCGGAACGGCCUGUGCCUUCCACAGAUUUUCCGCUCGAAGCUGAGUGUAUCGGCGCUACAUUGAUGGUGUGGGACUUUUGCAACUCAUUUAGCACAUUGUUACAGCUGUCGCAGUUUUCGUUGUACGAUUUGGAGAAGGCACUACUUUAUACGGAUGGCGAAUCCUCGCUCUUAUCGGAGGCGUAUUUUGCCGUUUUUCGCGUUGUCCUUGGCGAGCAGGGGGUUAAGCAGCGACUUGCCCAACGUAGAAAACGGAAAGUAAUACUUUCUAUAGAUACAUGGAAGGAUGAUGUUUGCGACUAUUUGGAGCUCGAAGGGCCUCAAAAGUUGAAACCUUACCUGUCAACAAUUCGGACAGACUGCUACUCUAGGCUACCUGUCUUGUCCAAACUGGAGAUAUUCGAGGAGCUAAUUGAGAGAGCCAUCAACACCACCGCGAUUCGCAGUCACCUGGACGAGAACAUUGAAGAGUUCGAGAGUCUUUCCGCUCAAAGACGUGGCGAAGGCCUCCCGAUAUCCAUGAGAAAGGGCUCAAGGUUUACGGAGAAAGCUAAAGCAACCGAGAGUCUGGAAAAUGGCUGCACUGAAGAUGUUUCAGAGUGCAAGCCCAAAGAGUGCCUGCACGAAAAUGGAUGCUUAAUCGGGUGGCUGAAAAAAGGAAAACGGAAACGGAAUGGUAACGCUGAUGCAAAUGGCGUCAAGAGGGAAUACAGCGCACGUUGUUUGUUCUUCAAUAGCUCGAGGCAGACGUUGUUUAGGUGUAACAGAGUCGAACUUCACGAUGAAAGGGAGCCACAAACGGAAAAAGAAAGGGCUGAGUCUGAGCUCCAGAAAAGACUGGAGCAUCUCGAUCGUGAACUCGAGAAAUGCACCAUUCGGAUGAGCCCGCUAGGGAGGGACCGCAACUACAAUAGAUACUGGUUUUUUCAUAGGGAGGGACGCAUUUUUGUCGAAAGUGAAGACGCAAACAGCUGGUCUUUCUACAGUUCAAAGAAGGAACUCGAUGAAUUGCAGGAAUCUUUGAACCCGAAAGGAGCAAGGGAGAAAGCUUUGCGGGACCAAAUAGAGAGCACUUACACUAGAAUCAGUACUUCGAUGCAGAAACGGUCCAAGGAUGUAGCUCAGAGAAUAGCUCUAGAAGAAGCCAACAUACGACGAUCACUACGGGUGCAGUCAGCUCCCCGGCCCACGGGGUUCUUAGCAUAUGUGAAUAAGAACAGGACCGCUUGAGGCUUACUCCCUCGUAUCGCAACUUUGGGUUUUUUUCGUCCAGGGUUAGGAGGAAUUGCUACACUGUACCCGGCAGUUUGAGGAAGACAAACUAAGCGUGUCGUUUAGUGUCGUUCAGUGUCGUUCAUUUAAAAUGGACACAUUUCUUUGAUCAGGUAUGUGUGUUUCUAAUUCGUUUAUUCUCCUUGCAGUUUGGAAGUGGAGAUAUCUUCAAUACGGAAAGGCAAGAUGGAAAGGAGGAUACUUACUUCAUGGCUUUCUGCUUUUAGAUUCUCGUGUUGUGCGACGUCGUCAUUCUUGGCAAAUCUUCCUCGUACUCGAGGCCGACUGUCUGCCAGCGUUUUCCGACAUGCAUACUAAAUAGUACAAGCGUAAGUAAGUAGUGGUUCUUGUGGAGUUCGUUUGUACCUUAAUUUUCUUUUGAAAAUUUCGUUCUGACCGUUUCUGCCUGUAUCGCUCUAAUUUUGCUUUUCUUUCCUCAGGAGUAUAUUUGUUUGCUUUCUCUUGGGAAGCCUUCGAUCCGCCACUGUUGCAAGGGCUGUUCGACGGGCUGUUAUCAGUACUCUGCAACACGGAAAAUAAUUCCUGCCAAGUUUGGCAAAGAAGGUGUUCUUCCUAGCAAGGACGGUUUUCUCAACGUUGAGGAGUCAAGAGGGGCAUUUUGUGUGCAAGAUGUAGAGGCAGAGAUUGUGAAACAGACUGCGCCCUCGAGAGGAGUAAAGAAUCUAGAUCCGACAUCAAAUCCACUUCGUCAGUGGUAGUGCUACUCAUGCUGGAUGCUGUGUCAAGAAUCCAGGGCCUGUGAUCGACUACCUCGUCCUUGGCAGCCUUGGAGGGGGAAUGCUGGGCCUUUUCCUGAGAAUUCAAGAUCCAUGCUCAUAUUUUCUGCUAUGCUAUCCAUGUCGAGAAACAUUCCUACUUCGGUGGCAGGCUCAGCCUUGUAGAAAGACAAGUGAGUAUCCAUUUUGCAAUCUCAGCACCAUUCGCUCCAAGCUAGCCUUCCUUUGAUCAACACAAAAGCUGUAGCCUUGGGGCGAUACUUUUUCGGAGAGAACAAGGAGACCUCAUCGAGCAAGUUUUCUCGACGAAAUCCCCGGCUGCUGGCCUGCAGUCUCGGAAAGGUUUGUAGCUGGCGACAGCCUCGGGCAUCAAAGCCAGCGAAACUGGCACUGUUCUUCAACACGGUCAUCCGGGAGCUUGGAGGUCAAAACGAGCAAACACUGCGCACGGUGAAGCGCCAUUUGUUCUCCAUGUAAGGAGCUUUUGCGACAAGAAACUUAGCAUGAUCGAAGCCAGUAAGCUCGACUGCCAUGACGAGGUGUGGGCGCGACUCCAAAUCCGGCAUUUCGAUCUGCAAGCAAUUGAGGCAGCCGAAACUUUCGGCAAGUUUGAGAGGCGAUCGUGUCGCUAAGAGGGACGAUCGCGUGCUCGCGAGAGAUGCUUUCUCGGCUUCCAUAAAAGGAGCGAGAAUUCACAUCGUGAUUUUGAUUCUGGUGGCAUCGCUCGGAGUCGCUAACCUUAAAAUUAAUUAAUCAUCGUUCAAAUA